GACAGCGUCUCGGCAAUUGAAUCUCCACUCCAGCCACUAUCUGGCGUUUAAAACCUUUAAGACUACCCUUUCGCUCCUGAUUUUAAUUGAUGUCCCUGGAUAAUUCUCAAGCACGCGCAUUCCACACAGACGGGGAGAUAUAUUCUGCAGCACGAGGGAUGAAGCACAUUAGACUAAAACGUUUCCUCGGUCACUGAUGCGGAGGAGAACUGGGGAGUAGCAUUUUCCUGCUGCACCAAUAGCCUACUAUUCCACGCCUUUAAUCGAUGUGUUUUGUCGCAAUUCUUUCAGACGCCAGAGCUGAUUGUCAACGUUCAGACGUGCAUACUUUCCACACGUAAUAAGCCGAAAUACAUGCGUGAUUUAAGUUUAAUGUUUACAAAAGUCAUCGCAACAUUGAGUGAUCCGGGGUCCGGUUUUCACGGUUUCAGUCGCAAGGUUUGCUCGCUCCUCAUCUAAAGUGGAAGCUGACAGAGAAAACUGAUUUUGUUCUGUUUUGGGAGUAGUGGGGGGAAAAAGUCCGAGUUACAAAAGUGCGCAAUGUGCUCGGACUUUUCCAUUCUGUUCUUCGUCACAUAAUAACUGCAUUAGGUCUGGAUUUAGCCUGUUAAGAAAAUUGUGUGGGCCUGAAAAGACGCAGUCAUUUUGGAAACAAUCCAAGAGCGAUAUCAGUUGGGGAAGAGACAGCGUAUCCAAAUACCCAUGCAUGACAUCACUACCACAUAAGCCAUCACCAAAACUGGGCCCAGAGGAAAAGCAGUCACGCGGAGGUCCUGAACGGCGUAUACGUGCAAUGGGAAUUCUCGCCACUUCGAUCACAAACGACUCAGUCAUGAGACCAGCGGGAUUUUAUAUUGUCGGGUUUAGAGAUUUAAAGUUUGCCGAUUUAUAUUUAAUUUUCCUUGCCUUCAUUUAUAUUGUAACAGUUUUGUGCAAUUCCUUUAUCAUUAUCAUUAUAUGGACAGAUCAUCGCCUGCACACUCCAAAGUACAUCGCUGUGGCUAAUUUAGGGGUUGUCGACUUGAUGUGCAGUACAACCUUUAUUCCGAGUAUGAUCAAGGCUGUACUCACGAAAGAUACCUUCAUGUCCUACAAUGCAUGUUUGACACAGAUAUUUUUUUAUUACUGUUCUAUAGCACUAGAGUCAUUUUCCCUCGGUGUACUUGCCUAUGACAGGUUAAUUGCGAUAUGUUUCCCACUGAGGCACAGUUCCAUCAACACUCUCACGAGCAUGAUUAGCAUUUUAGCGAUUGUUUGGUCGUUUUGUAUAAGCAUCAAUGUGUUCGCGACCGCAGUCAUGACAAAACUGUUUUUCUGUGAUUCACUCACUGUGUACAACUUUUUCUGUGAGUAUGCCGUAUUCAAACUAUCGUGCAAUGAUUACACACUGCAAUGGACCACUGGAUCUACUUUGAGUAUAGUGAUCUUGUUUGGGCCCCUUAGUUUCAUCGUCGUGUCAUACGGCUGGAUUUUGAGAGUCGUGUUUAGAAUGAAAACUGUGGAAAGCAGGUAUAAAGCACUUGCAACGUGCACAGAACAUCUCACUGUAUUGGCGAUUUUCUACGUGCCGACCAUAACGGUGUACAUCAUUGAGCUUUUCUUAUUCCUUGUCCAUCCGAAUGUCAAAAUGGUGAACCUGUCGUUAGCCUCGUGUAUCCCGUCCUGUAUGAAUCCCAUUGUGUAUUCCCUGGCUACGAAAGAAAUUAGGAACAGAAUAUUGGCCAUGUUCCAGAAAGCCAAAGUAGCAGCCUGGGCAGAGCGGGGGUAGGGCUGAACCAUACAGUAAAUAUACAUUUUUCAAAUGAAUGACAAUCAUUAAUUUUAGGCCUCGGGGUUUCACCACAAAUGCGCAUGUCUAUGUGACGUCCAACCUAGGCUAUUGCAUAUGACUUGCAUUUUAUUGGAAAUAGGAAAUCAUUACCCGACCCACACCGGUAACACAUUAAUUCCCGUUGGAAGCUUAAGCGUUGCAUUGUGUACUGUGUCUUGGUAAAUAUUUUGUAUCAUUUUCACAUUUAUUGUCUUGUGGUGUGCUUGUGCAAUACUGUAACAUACCACGUCGCCAUUGUCAGUGAGAGCUUGUUCUCAACUGACCUACUAGGCUAAAUAAAGGUAAUUAUAUUUUUAAAAUCAUUUAUUAAAAAACUUUCGAUGUUUAAAUGAUUUUUUUCUGAAAUAAAGGAUUAAUUUCCAG